CCGGCGCUGACGUCGCGGGAGCGCGCACGCGAGAUAAGUGACGUUUAAAUGCGUGAUGAACGGCGAAAGGAACGGAGUCAGCGCGCGCUCUCACGGAAGUUGAUGUUAUUCUGCAAUCUGAUUGGAUGGGUCUCACACUGUGCUGCUUGCUGAAGGACGGCGGUCCUCAAAAACACCAUAAAUCCCGAUCAGCAUUCGGUCCGUUUUCUGUAGCCCCGCCCAUUCGCCUAGCGGUGCUGUUAGACACGCCCCCCGUUGCCCCAGGAAACCCGCGGUCACAGUGGAGCCCCACCUACCUGUCGCCCAAUCUGAAGGUGUGUCCAUCGGGGGGGCGUGUCUCUCGUGCCCGAGUGGAGCAGAGCAGCGAUGCGGUCCGUGGUGCGGUCGGCACGGCGACGGGGCUCCAUAUAUGGGAGGUGAUGUGGGAGGAGCAACAGAGAGGAAGCCACGCCGUACUGGGUGUGUCCACGCACAAAUGCACCCUUCAGUCCUCGGGCUACACGGUGUUAAUAGGAGGAGACUCGUGUUCCUGGGGCUGGGAGCUCUCGACCAAUCAGCUCUGGCAUGAUGGGAGGGCAGGGAGGCGGUACCCUGGGGGUGGAGCCAGGGGCGUCGUAAGUGUUCCAGAUCGUGUGCUAUUGGUGGUGGACGCAGACGCAGGGACGCUGGGAUACGUGGUGGACGACUGCUAUCUGGGCGUCGCCUUCCAGGACCUCCCCAAAGGGGUGGAGCUUUUCCCUGCAGUGAGCUGUGUUUGGGGCGGAGCUCAAAUCUGCAUACGCUACCUGUGUGGCAUGACACGAGACGCACCUGCUCUGGAGGCUCUGAGCCGUCUGUGUGUGCGGGGGGCCCUCGGGGGGGCCGGGCCCCGGGGCCUGAUGCUGUCGGUCCCGUCUGCUCUCCAGCGCCUCCUGCUGGACACUUCAUCUCCUCUAGUUCACUGA